UCAUGAACAAUUAAUCGUUGGGAGAUGUAGGUUUUCCUUUUCAAUCUGUUUUCGAGUACGUGGUUGAAACGUUAUUAGUUGAAAAACAUUGACUAAACAUUAUAAUUGAGUAACAGAAUAUUAAGUGAGAAAAGUAAUAUUGUUAAAACUUGAUCAUUAAGACAUACAGUAGUUUUUUGUUAUUUAUUUGAAUCAGAAGUAAACCUACAAUGCCAUUAAGUAUCAAGGUUAAUCUACGAGUUACUGGUCAUUGUAACCAGGGUGGCCGUAAAUACAUGGAAGACAUGUUUAGUGUGGCAUACCAGCAGACUUCUGAUGAUAGAGAUUUGGAAUAUGCUUUUUUUGGUAUUUUUGAUGGACACGGUGGUGGUGAAGCUGCUAAAUUUGCAAAAGAUCAUCUAAUGGAUAUUAUUGUUAAACAAAAAAAUUUUUGGAGCGAUAAAGAUGAAGACGUACUUCGCGCUAUUAGAGACGGAUAUGUUAACACACACUAUGCUAUGUGGCGAGAACUAGAUAAAUGGCCAAGAACAGCGUCAGGAUUACCUUCAACUGCCGGCACAACUGCCAGUAUAGCAUUCAUUAGAAAAGGAAAAAUUUAUAUUGGCCAUGUUGGAGACUCUGGAAUAGUACUUGGUUAUCAAGAUAAUGAAGGUGAUCCGCAGUGGAAAGCAAAACCGCUCACAAAAGAUCAUAAACCAGAAAGCGGACCUGAAAUGACAAGAAUCCAAGAAUCUGGCGGGAAAGUUAUAAGUAAGUCUGGUGUCGCAAGAGUUGUUUGGAAUAGACCGAGAAUUGGUCACAAAGGCCCAGUAAGAAGAUCUACCCACAUUGAUGAGAUACCAUUCCUUGCAGUUGCGAGAUCUCUAGGUGAUUUGUGGAGUUACAAUUCAGAAUUAGAUACAUUUGUUGUUUCACCUGAGCCUGAUGUAAAAGUUAUUAAAGUAGAUGUAAAAUCUCAUCGAUGUCUUAUUUUUGGUACUGAUGGACUCUGGAACAUGUUAACACCUCAAGCAGCUGUAUCGAUUGUUCAAGCAGCUGAAAAACACAAUGAAAAACAUUUCAUAGCAUCUCAACAAACAGGAAACGUAUUACAGAGUGAAAAUCAAAUGUGGAUAAAUCCAUCCAAGAGUUUGGUGGAUCGUGCACUCGAAAGAUGGUCAUCUACCCGUUUACGAGCGGAUAAUACGAGUGUUGUUACCUUAAUGAUAGAUCCACCUGGACCUUCUCGUAUCGAAUUUUUACUGAAUCGCUCUAAAAAUAAUCUAUCAACCAAUUCACUACCAAAUUAUUCACCAAUAUGCAGGCCUCCAUCAUCUAAUUUUAAUCAUUCUGUUCCAAACUUAGAGAAAACAUCGACAAAAGACUUUCACAGUCAUCCACAAGUCAAUACAUCUGAUACAAAAUUAUUAGAAAAUAACUACUGUCCAAACCAACCAUUCUCUCAACCAAUAAGUUCACCACUUACUGUUAAUGAGAAAUUGGUGAGUAACUAUUCAAAUGACAAGAACGCAGAUCUACUUUUAAAUAGUAAUAUCGAUAAAAUAGCACAUCCAGUUAAAAAACAACAAAAUCCUAUUUCUGUUGUUGAUACUGUUGAAAAUAACGACGACACAAUGAAUUAUUCAAAUUCAGAAAAUAUUCAAGUAGCUGAAGUAUCGUCGAGUGAUAUUACAAUCAGCGACGCUAAUAUUAGUAAAAGCACACCGUCUAUUAACAGUCAUAUUAAUGUACCAUCUUCUGCAGAAGACAAUGACGAAAAUAGUGAAGCAAUCAAUUAUAAUAAUCCAUUGGAAGCACCAUUGGAAAAAGUUUUGGAUAAUACAGAAUCUUUUUGUGAUCAGACCCUAUGGUCUGAAGAUACCGACGAUGGACAAGAAUUAGUAAGACAGAAUGCAUUUUCAAAUCCAUUAAGUGAUUUUAAUCUGUUUAGAUCUACAGUACGACAAGCUAUAAAUCCAAAUACAAUUAAAUCAACAACUUCAACUCCUAUUAAUAAUAAUACUAAUUCUAUUACUAAUGACAUUGCUACAGUUACACCUACAGUUUCUGGCUCCCAAGAUAUUAAUGAAACUUAUUAUGAUGAAAAUAUCAAAAAUAAUACACCUGUGAGUUGUAUGAAAAAAUUUGAAAUACAAAAAGAUACUGUUAUGAUUUCGAAUAAAUCUAGUGAAGGCAAUGUGGCACAUUUGAAUGGAGCAACUCUUAAAAUAAAAAGGCGGGAAAUAUCAUUGCGAUCCAAUAUUACCACACGAGUUAACUCUAAAACAGUUCAUAAAGCUAUAGUAUCAACAUCAACAAAACGAAGACACAGUUCUACAUUUGAUAUUACACCCAAUGACGUUAUAUGUAAUAUUGUUCAUCAACAAGAGCCGUGUUUGAAACGAAGAACUCGAUCUGAAGAUCGCAAAUGUUUAGCUAGGAAUGAAAAUAAUCCAAAUAAUCAAAAACAAGUAAAACAACAAUUACAUGGUCGAUUACGAUGGAUUAAUUCAUGUUCUAACAUAAAGAAUCGUAAUAUCAAUGCUACAAAAUCUUACACAUCAGCUGGAGUUGAGAAUAAUAUUCAUGAAAAAAAUAUUUUAUUAUCUACAGCAAGUACUAUAACAACACCAACAACUUCAUCUAAUUCUGCAUCAUCCUCUUCAUCAGCAUCUUUUCAAAGACGAAAUCUUGAAAAAAAAGCUACGCCAAUGAAAAAUACCAGACGAGGACCAGUCAAUUAUGUUAUUAAUAAUGGAAGUACUAGUGGUAGUUGCAAUGGUGUUGGUUGUUCCCCAAGAUUGGCUCAAUUAAGGAAAAAUUUUACACUUAAAGAUUGGGAUCAAAUGAAAUCAAAUCGAAAAUCAAUGACAGGAAGUUAUUCUAAAGAAGACCAUCGAUUGAAACUUAAUUGUAUGAUAGUAGGUAGUGGAAAGACUACAUCUAAUCCAGUGUCAAAUACUUCACCACCUCAAAGAUGGCUAAGAUCCGAUACAAUUGCUGCUACGCCUAUUAAAACCCUACGAUCUCGAAAUGUUGAUAUCGCAGGUCAUACAAUACCUCCUCAGAUUGCUCAUCAGUAUGGCAUUGUUAAACAGAAUCGACAUUCCCCCCUAAAUACAAAACUCAAUAAGCUUUCAUCAGCAACAACUAAAAUUAUUUCAAAAACUUCCAUGCAAUUGACAACGAGUAAAUUAAUCAAACCAAAUAAUGGUAUGAACCAUGAAAAUAAUGCUUCUAAUUUAGCAUUAUCAAAUUCAGUAUCGGUUAUUGCUAAAAGAGUUAAAUCAAGUUCCUACAAUUCAAAUACAAGGUCACGAUUAGGUACCCGAUCGAGACUCAAGCGACUCAGUAAAUAAGCGGAUUAAGUCAUUUUUUUUUUUAAACAUAUAUAUAAUUUGUAUAUAUAAUAAGUGAAAACAGAUGCGUUAAUAAUUUUUGAAUAGUUCUUAAAAUCAUCCUUGUAUUUGUCACAGAAAAAAUUUCAUCAAUAUAUCUUAUUUAUAAUUAUUUAAAGAGAAAUAUUGUAUAACAAUUGUAAGAUAAAGAUUCAAGUUUUUAAUAAUUCUUUAGCUUUCUUGAAUUGCGAUAUUCUAAUAUAAAUUUAUAACUAUUGUUUUUUUUUUCAACUUUAAAUGACUAAUUAAUCAUAUUUCAAACGUGAUACAAUUAAAACAAAUGGCUAAGA